UGAGCAGAGUUUUGUUUCUUUUCGUCUUCUGUCAAAGUGCAGCAAUAACACGUUUGUUAUCUGGAUAUGCUCCGCCUCUUCUUUCUUCUGCCCCUCCUCUACUAAUCUUUGUGAACAUCAUGUUAAGAAGCCCAUCAACAAUCUGAUGGAUAGGGAGUUCCAUGAACAGGACCGUAGAGGGAAGAGGAGAAAGGCACCUAAACCACUGCAACAUAAACAAGAAAACCCAGUCGUAGAGUUGACGCCGGCGCCAUUUCAGGUGAUGUGAAAUUGACGGUGGUGGUUUAUAAAAAACGAAUAGAAAAAUCAAAAUAUAAAAACAGAGAAAUUGAUGGAUGUUUAUGGUUGAUGGUUUACAGUGAGUGCUGGGUUGGGGUGGGAGGAAGGAUUGGGUGGCGAGUUUGGUAUAAGGGAGGAGAAGCAAUUGAGUUGUCUUUCUCUUUUCUUUUUUCUGCCCAGAUUUUGGUACAAGAGAGGAGAAGCAAGGAUUGGGUUGUGACAAUGGAGGGUUGUGGAUGAAUUUCCGAAUUUACCCUCAUUUUUGACAGAAAAUUUAACGGAGUUUGACGGAGGGACUACUGGUGCAACAUAGCACCUAGUUGAGUGACCCAUGCAACUAAUAAUUGAAUUGAGGGACCAAAGUGUAACUACGGGUAUAAUUGAGGGACCAUUGCUGUGAAUAACCCUAUUUGGAAUGAUAUUUGUUUUAUGAAACGUUUUCAGUAUUUUUGUCGGUUGAAGCUGUUACAGUAAGUAGCACCGAUCAAAAGCAUUGUUCAACUCUUUGUUGCCCUUGCACAUGAUGAAUUAAGUAGGAUGAUGAGUUGGGUUGUCAAAUGAGCUUAAGGCUUUUGAUAAUGUUAUUGAAUGAUGAAAUGAAGCCUAAUUAAACUGAGAUUGGGCAGUUUGAUGCUUAUGUGAAUGUAGAUCAGAGAAGGAGUCAUUGAGGAUGGGCACUUGCAAUAAUUUCAUGAUUCUCUUGCUAACUUGAACAGGUUAUUGUGGUACCUUUGCUUGAUGGCAUGCUGGGAGCAAUCAUACCCUCUCGUACUUGGUUUGGAGUUCUCAUGUCUGCUCUUGGGGUUGCUAUGCUGGAAUGCAGUGGAUCACCUCCAAACACAAAAACAUUCUUGAUGCUUUUGCGUUGAGAAUGUUGUAGAAAAAUCUGAUUUCAUGUAGUGAAAAAUGGGACAACAUAUAUGACCAUAUAGCUCUUCGGCAACUAAUGAUAAUUCUACUUUCCUUUUCAGGUUGGUGAUCUUUUGAACUUCUUGAGUGCAAUAUUUUUUGGAAUUCACAUGCUUCGAACAGAGCAUAUUUCAAGAAGCACAAAGAAAGAAAGCUUCUUAGCAAUUCUUGGAUAUGAGGUUUGCGUUGUUGCUCUCUUAUCCAGAGUCUGGGUUUUCAUUGGAGGGAGGUUAGAUGGUGCCCGCUAUUCGAACCAAUCAUCAUGGUUAUGGACAUGGACAGAGUUAUGGGACUGGAUUGUUGCAUUUCCAUGGAUACCUGCACUUUAUACUGGUGCAUUUUUCAACUGGGUUAUGCUUAUGGAUUGAGCAGAUUGCACCGAUGCGUGAUGUUUCAGCGACAGAAACAGCCAUAAUUUAUGGGAUGGAGCCACUGUGGGGUGCCGGUUUCGCAUGGUUUCUACUUGGUGAAAGGUGGGGUACACUUGGAUGGAUAGGGGCUGCUCUUGUGCUUGGUGGAAGCUUAGGGGUGCAGAUAUUUGGGUCCUCACCUCCCCAAGAAUUUACAGUGGCUGAAGAUGGUAAUGAGAAAGGUGAUCUCCGACGACUUCCCACUGAGCAUAAAUUAUAAAAUGGUCUCUCAACUUCCCCGAUUGUUGUCAGAUCCAAAAAGGAUGUCACAGAUUUUUAAAAAUCUAUAUGUAUAUAGCUACAUUGAAAUGCUUGAAAUUAGCCAACUUAUAGAGAAAAAUUAUCAAUGAUUUUACGUCUUGAUUACCAUCUCCAAUGGAAACAUUUCUGAAAUGACAUAUAUUUCAAUCGCAACCAUGAACCAUCAA